AUGGCGACCAUCACACUAUCACCGAGACUUACGAGGUUAUCGAUCCUCUGCCUCUUCGUUUUGCUCUUUACAACCGCACAAGCAUCUAGCAUCUUGUUUCCACGGGCAGAAACAUGUGGAGGAAACACUGCUCUUCAGCAAUGCGGAAGCGAUUUCCCAUCUAGCUUUUGCUGUCCCAAAGACUCUACUUGCAUCGAUCUGAACAGCGGCUCUGUAAAGUCGGUCAUCUGCUGUCCAGCCGGCUCGGACUGCGCCUACAUCCAGCCCACGACGUGCGACACCACACAGCUAAACGCCACCCUCCACCCGGACAACCAGCUGCAUCUCUCCGAGACGGAAGGCAUCGAGCUCCCAAAAUGUGGUGACAAGUGCUGCUCACUGGGCUACACAUGUCAAGGCAGCAUGUGUGCCAAAGACAAAGCACCGUCACCUUCCUCCACUUCCCCUGCAACACCAUCCCCCACAUCUCCGGCAUCUGCCUCUCAAACCUCAAACUGUCCUUCUGAACCUGUCCCAACAAGCAAUUCCUUCUCCGGCCGUUCUUUCGCGGCAGGCUUCAUUCCAGGUAUCAUCAUUGGGGCCCUCCUUACCCUUCUUUUCCUUUGGCUGCUAAAGCGCCGCCGCGAAACCCACUUCAACAAACCACGCUACUCUGGCGACUUUGGUCACGUCGCCCGCCAAAUAAGUGAUCCUAUCUACGAUCCGCAGCACGCAGCACGUACAGAUUUCAUGCGCAGGGGUAGCCACUCCGUCGGCUCUCCCAACUCUACGGACAGGAUCAUACAAGGCAUGAAGGAAAACAAUGCCUACACCAACAAUAACUCGAACAAUGUUGUCCACGGCUUCACCCCCAGAAUAAAGAGCAUGUGGGACCGUACCCCCAAGCUAAACUUUGGCUUCUCAGGUGGCCUUCCCCCCAACCCGGCCGCCCCCAUCAUUCGCGCCGGAAACCCCUACACAAACCCCUACCAAACCCCGCCCCAGAAACCAAAGAGAAUACACUCGUAUUCUGCUUCGUCCCGCUCAAACUCCACUCGCUCCCGUAGUGGUGCACCAAAGUAUAAGCCUCAACAACCUCAUCCCCAUUCAGGUAGCUCAGAAACCAUCGACAUACUUAUGCCGCACCAGUCUGGUGUGCCUCCUCAGACAAUGGGAGGUGGAGCGGCUGGAGUGAAUGGGUUUCUUGCGCCCCCGCAGGCACCGGGGAUGAAGAGGGGACAGAAUCGCGAUACCGCAGAUUCGGCGCAUACAACGUUUACAAAGUUGAUGGAGAGGGCGGGCUUUGAUGAGCCUGGCCGACAGGAGGUAAGGAAUUGGGGGUCGGGGAGGGUGUAA